GAAGGCAGUCGGUGGUAGCUCCUGUGUCGGUGGGGAAGGAUGAUACCGCGCAAUCACAAACACCAUGAAACCCUCAUUGAAAUGUCUUCUUCUGCCGGAGAGGAGACGGGAGAUAUUGCGGUUAUUUCUGGUUUUGCAAACGGAGUCACCAGGUGAAGAUAAUGGGCCCUACUAUGAUCCUUCCAAUGGUACCCGAGAAGGAGAAAUUCCUGGCAAUUCUGAGGUACUAAGCACAACAACAGAGACUGCUUCUCUCAUCUCUGGUCCGCCAAAGAUGAUUGAUAAACAGAUCUACAGCAAAGACUCGGUCUUCUUUUGUGAUGGAAUCAGAAGAAUUGACUUCAUCCUCUCGUAUGUGGAUGAUCCUAAAGAUGGAGAAAAGAAAAUGGAAAGAAGAAAAGAAUUUGAAGAGAACCUGUUGAAGACAGGCCUUGAACUGGAAACUGAAAAUAAAGAUGAUUCAGAUGAUGGUAAAACCUACUUUGUGAAAAUCCAUGCUCCUUGGGAUGUGCUGGCCAUGUAUGCGGAGGUUAUGCAUAUUAAAGUGCCUAUAAAAGAAAAUGAUAUUCCACAAGCAAGGGAAAACCCAUUUGACUGGUUGCUGAAGCCAUUUCGCCUGGAUCCAGCAAUAAUAAACCCAGAACCAGACUAUUUCACAGCACCUUUCAGCAAACAGCGGCAGGAACUCUACUUGAUCAAUAAUCCAGAGACCUUCUUCUCGCCUUCUACUCGCAACAGAAUUGUCUAUUACAUUCUUUCUCGAUGCAAAUACACAACAGAAGAUGGAAAGAAGAAAAUUGGGAUUAAGAGGCUGCUGAACAAUGGCACAUACACUGCUGCUUUCCCACUCCACGAUUGUAGAUACUGGAAGAAAUCCCAUGACCCCAAGAGUGAGAAUGAGCGACACACAUUAUAUAGACAGUGGGCUUGUUUUGGUCAGUUCUACAAGGAGCAGCCUCUUAACCUCAUCAGAAAAUACUAUGGAGAGAAGAUUGGAAUCUAUUUUGCCUGGCUUGGUUUUUAUACGGAAAUGUUGGGAAUUGCAGGUGCUGUUGGCUUCAUCUGCUUUCUGUUUGGCUGCAUAACCAAGGACGGCAAUGUAUGGAGUGAUGAAAUCUGUGAUGCAGAGAUUGGAGGAAAGAUAAUCAUGUGUCCCCUUUGUGAUGCUUGUGACUUCUGGAGAUUGAACACUACCUGCGAAUCAACCAAGAAUUCCCACUUGUUUGACAAUGCGGCUACCUUGUUUUUUGCAGUUUUUAUGGGAAUCUGGGUGACUCUCUUUCUGGAGCUGUGGAAGCGGCGACAGGCCAAGCUGGAAUAUGAGUGGGACCUGGUAGACUUUGAAGAAGAACAGCAACAGCUCCAGAUCCGUCCUGAGUACGAGGCAAAGUGUACGCACCGCAAGAGAAACCCGGUUACUCAGGAACUUGAGCCUUACAUCCCAAUAUCAAAUCAAGCACUUCGUUCCUUUCUAUCGGGGGUUACAGUCCUGUUUUGGAUCUUUUUAAUCCUGAUCUGCAUUAUUGCAGUCAUCGUAUACCGCCUCUCGAUGUAUGCCUCCUUUGCCAAGAUCACUGUGAACAUGAAGGAGGUGAAGUACAUCGGCACGUUGUUUACACCGCAGAUGGCUACGAGCGUCACCGCCUCCGUGCUGAACUUCAUCAUCAUCAUGAUCCUGAACUACUUCUAUGAGAAGGUGGCAAUCUGGAUCACCGACCUUGAGAUUCCCAAAACUCACUUUGAAUACGAGAACCGACUGACCAUGAAAAUGUUCCUCUUCCAGUUUGCUAACUACUACUCCUCCUGUUUCUAUGUUGCCUUCUUCAAGGGCAAGUUUAUUGGCCACCCUGGAGGAUACAACUAUCUGUUUGGGUCAUGGAGGAAUGAAGAGUGCGACCCCGGUGGCUGCCUGAUUGAACUGACCACUCAGCUUACCAUCAUCAUGGCUGGCAAACAAAUCUGGGGCAACAUCCAGGAGUCAUUUUUGCCCUGGAUAAAAAACUGGUGGGUGAGUCGAAAUGCCAGGCACCAUCCAGAGAGACUGUACUCCCGCUGGGAGCAGGACCACGACUUGCAGGACAUGGGCCAACUUGGCCUUUUCUAUGAAUAUCUGGAAAUGGUUAUCCAGUUUGGUUUUGUUACUCUUUUUGUGGCCUCCUUUCCCCUGGCUCCUGUCCUUGCUCUGCUGAACAACAUCAUAGAGAUCCGUGUGGAUGCUUGGAAGUUUAUCACACAGUUCCGGAGGCCGAUGGCAGCAAAGGCUCACAGUAUAGGAAUAUGGCAGCAGAUACUGAAUGGUGUGGCUAUUUUCUCUGUCGUUACGAAUGCUUUCAUUGUGGCUUUUACUUCUGAUAUGAUCCCACGUUUGGUGUACAAAUAUGCAUAUUCUACAAACGAUGAACUACCAAUGAAAGGAUACAUCAAUAACAGUCUUUCAAUCGCCAACACUUCUGUCUUAAAAUCCAAUCAGUUAACAUUAUCAUACAAUGACUUUGAAAUCCCAUCUUGCAGAUAUAAAGAUUAUCGUUACCCGUCAGGACAUAAGCUUGAAUUCCAGCACACCAUGCAAUUCUGGCAUAUUUUGGCUGCAAAAAUGGCAUUCAUCAUCAUCUUGGAGCACAUCGUCUUUCUGGUGAAGUUUGCCGUUGCUGCUUUAAUUCCUGAUGUCCCAGGGGAGGUGAAGGAUCGAAUCAAACGAGAGAAGUAUUUAACGCAGAAGAUACUUCAUGAGUACGAGCUCAACAAACUGAGGGAGAUGCUUGCUGGCAAGGGAAACGUCGUGGUAAACAAAGAGGUUGCAGUGCACGCAGAGAAAGUGGAACUGCUGAGCGAGGAGCUGUAGUCCAUGCUGUGUCUGUUUGGGAAUGGUGGGAAACGAGUGUUUCAGUUGUUUAGGAAUAAAUCAAUUUAUUUGAUUCUUUUUAACAAGGAACAACAUGCUAAAGUGGCAUGCAUUUGGCUCCAGUAACCACAAUGUUACUGGCACUGAUUCAGCUACUGUCCACAGCCUACAGACUUGAUAAGGAAGCAGUUUCAGUGUGGUCCCUGUACAGAGUUUGUCAAAGCAGUGUCUUAACCUGACUGCUAACGGUUCUGUUGUAUGUACUACUUGCCUGCCUUCUGCAGAAAAGAAAGCAUCUAAUAUCAAUGGAGCCUUCCAAAAUGUUGUCACUUAAGGUAAAUUGAAGAGUUCAUGUAUGAGAUUGGGAAGAACAGGAUGCCAAGGACAGUUUGAAAAUAUGUUGCAAUCAUUAUGAGAACCAAUACAAACCUUUGGAUGCAAUAUCAUUUAUCAUUUGUUUAGAUAUUCACUUGGUUUCUUUCUCUAGUUAAAUGAUCUUUUUGCUCUCUCUAUUUGGUCGUCUUAUUUCUUUCUUCCAUCUACUGUCAGGACAAAUUUGCCAGAAUGGCAACUUGACCCAUAGCAUGUGUCACUAUAACAAAAUUGAACAGAACUCAUGCAAGAUAUUAGAUUGAGUUAGGUUAUGCCCCCCCGAACUAAGAAGGGAAAUAUCUGCUGUAUUCUGGUGCCUAGAUGUAACUACUGAUCUCUUGUGAGCCAUCUCCCCAUGCAAUAUUUGGGUAAAGUAGCUGCAAAAAAAAGCCUUUGUUUAAAAAAUGUAUAGUUCUUAACAAUCCUUGCAAUAAAUUUUUGUUCACACUGAAUCGAAAAGCCAUCAGCUCAUUGGGGUAACCUGAUAGGAGAGUCUCCAAAUAGCCAAUGAAAUUAAUCUUUACAGCAAUAUCAAAGGCAUUUCAAGUCUCCCUAUUGCUUGUAAAAAUACAGGGAGAAUACGGAAUUAAAUAUAAUCCCCUAGAUAAGAAGAGUCCAAUCUUACAGGACCAUUUCAAUGUUUGAAGCAGUGAAUUAAAUCUACAAAAUAGAUUUUCUCAUUGCUUUCUCCUGAGAUUAAUAUUCAUGGAUGAAAAAACAAAGGAGUUUCCUGAUUUGACAGUUGAGAUUCCACUCCGAGAGCAUGCACUUCUUGGAAAUAUAUCUAGUUUCCUGUGUGAUUUACACUAGAUUUAAUGCAAAUAUGUGUUUAUUUAAUAUCUGAUGUUAAAUAAAAUAUAAAAUCACAGUGCAAUUAAAACAAAAAAAAAUAAUUCUCAAACCACCCUUGGGUAUGGUAAAUACAACUUCUAAUGUUUUAAUUUCAAAGUGUUAAUAUUGCAAUGAAGCAGACAGGUUUGAUAAGGGGUUCUGCCAAAGUUGAGGCAGAAGUGACCACCACAUCUGAGCUGCCAAUCAAAGCUCAGAAAGGAAGUAUCAAAGCAUCACCUGUCUUAUGAAGGCUCUGACUCUUGCCCCUUGGGAACUCCUGCCUUGCUGUGGUUUUUCAUGCCAGUCUUUCAGCACACAUGGUCCUAAGCAUCCAGUGCUUCAACAACACAGGUGGCAGAGAUAACUGCAGAGUCCACAUCUCCCCACUCUUAACAUAAUUUGCGCAGGGUCACACUUGUGGUAAAAUGGAGGAAGAUGUUUGAGCCUUGUGGUUUUGCCACCCCCAUUUAACUUCUGCCCACUCAGCACAAUAUUCACUGAAAAAUUCACAGGGAAUGGAAGAAGCUUUAGUCCAAUCACUUUUGCAAUAAUUAGUUGUCUGAUAACACCUCAAAAGAAUGAUGAUAAAUUCCAGAUGUUCAUCAUUAAAAUGGAAUUUUGAGACUUUUACCAGAACCAAUCAAAAUUCUAUUUGCCUGUUAUACAAUUUAAUUGACUUGAAUUUCAUUGCAGUCAGUGGUGUUCAAUGCUUGAUGGUAACAUCAAUGCAAUGUUUUUUGUCCCUGAAAUUCACGGACUUGUGAUGAGGCCUUUAUAGGGCUUUUGGAGCUAAUGACCAAGAUUGAGUUUCAAGACAAAUUAGUCUUCACAGCCUUAAAUCUGAAAUAGCCCCCUUUACAUUCUCUAAUCAUGUUUUCUCCCAAAUACAGAUGUUUGUUCUGCCUGUUGCAGAGUUUUGAAAUUCCCUUUUCUGGAAUAUUAAUAAAGUUUGCAUUAAUACCUUCUCCACACUCCGCAUCCCUCCUGUCCAUCCACAUCACCUCACUUGAUCUGCAGCCUGUUGUCCUUCAAUCUUCAGUGGAAAAAUCUUGAGUGCCCAAACUUGUGAACUUUAAAAUAAAAAAACACAUGAGUUUGAGGCCAAUCUAAUGUAACUCGAUGUUGAAUGUAGUUUGCAGGGCUUGUGACAGUUGUAGUGAUCUAGCCUUUCCAUUUAUUUAGCAAUUAUAUAGUGGAGAUUCUGGCAUCUGGGUAAGAUUGUUGGCAGUCUGCCAAGUUCAACUGCUCUACUAAGAACUCAAUUUCACUGCUUCUGUCGCAAUGCUUUCCACCAAACAAUUAUAAUCAUAUUUUCCUUUAUUAUAUAAACUGUUACAUAAAGGUUAAGACUCUCUGUGUUUAACUUUAUGAAGAAAGCCAAUGAGUACCAUGUAAUAGGCACAUGGGGGUAGAAAUUCAUCCUUGGUCACUCAACUACACUGCUUCUGAAAUGCUGCUCCAUUGAAGUCCCCAGAGGAACCAGAUUUUGGAAGCAGAGGACAAUAUACAUUUGCCAUUACAUUGAACUAGCAACUUUGGACAAAUCUCUAUCCCCAUGACAUGGUGAGAAAAAGGCUGAAAAUCGUUCAAGUAAGUUGUGUUUCUCCAAAUGAAGAUUACGUUCUGAAUGUAUUGCUCAUUAGUAAUGAGUUGAACUUAAAAUUGUGAAGCACGAUGGGAUAUUACAAAGAUUGGUAAAAAUGCUUCUUUUGUUUUUCCAGUACACCACUGACUCCAAGUUGGGUGUCUGUUGGUUAACUCUUUGUUGUCCAGUUUUUCAGACCAGCAGAUGUUUUAAUGUCAACUUCAGUUGCCCUUAUUCACUCUAUCUUUACCUCUGAAAUCCAGAGCUUCCACGGUUUUCUGUUUUAAAAGAGAAGUCAUACUUGAUUUUUGUACUCUGCUGGUCACUCAUUCAAAUGUUUUUUGGUCUGACUGGUCAGUACAGGUUUGAGGGAAAAAUUAUGGAUUUCCUUAGUUGUAAAUCAUUCAUGCCAACUAAAAUAGCAUGAAUUUGUCAUACAAAUUAGAUUAGAAAUACUGUAAUAGACUUUUUCAAGUCAUGCCUGUAUAAUGGCUAGAGAACCAUUAUUGUUCACUGAAUUUUUUUUCUUUUUUCAUUACAUGUCUAUGAAAUCAUUUCAUCAAUAUAAAGCCAAAGAAAUGUGUUAAUAUAAUAAUCUGCAAUACACUGGGGUCAAGAUGUACAGAAUGGAUGUCAGUUUCAUCGCACAUACUAGUCAGCAGCACGAAUAGUCAAUUUGAGAAAUUGGAUGUGUGAUUGACUAUUAGUGUGGAGAGGAGAAAAGUUCAACAUUUAAGUGCUAAAAUUGGUCACGUUUUUUUUCCCUUUUUGUUUCUGUUGUCUCUGUUACAAAUCUGAAUGAAGGUCAGACAAGAUUCUUUAGUCUCCCAAAACAGUAUUUCAAAGCAUUUGCACUAUACAAAUAAUCAUACUAAUGCAUGUUUAGUCUGAGAAUUAGAAGUAAUCCAAGUUUAAAAAUGCAUUAAAAUCACUAAACUUCAAGGAAUUUGAAGCAAUUGGAUGCUGUUGGUGAUUUGAAAGCAUGCAUUUCAUAUAAUAUUUCCAUAAUUGUUGUAACCAUUAAGUAUUUCAGUAUCUAAUCUCGUAAUAAUUACUUGACAAAAUUACUGGUAAUGAAGUCGGUAGUAACGUAACUGUUUAAAUGAAGCAUUUUGUAAAAUAAAACACAGGUGCCUUCAAAACAAACCUCAAGGAACAUAAAAAUAUUCACAUGAAUGAUGCAUGGGGGAGGACCUUUAGUUGCUAGUGUUAAGAUUGUUUGUACUCUUCACCUGCACAUUCAGUGCCUUUGAAGUCAAUGCAAGCAACUGUUGGGAGAUGAGUACAAAUGGUGGCUAAGGUUCAUAUGCAUUUAGCAUGGGCAACCAAAAAUGUAUUUCUCCCCUGCUGUAUCAAAACUAUUGCCUUCUCAGCAAUGUGGCCACACACCGAACCUCUUUACACACUAUAAACUUGGGUCAAAAGGUAUCCUUGGUACAUUUAUCCCUUGCUAAUCUGUUUCUAGUCUCUAAUAGUUGCGCAAAGUUACAGAGACAGAUGCACCUAUGUCAAAAUUACAGUAAGCCAUAUAAUGUAUACAACACACCCAGUACCUGUACGGAACAGUGUUAUCCUAUUUUGUGAAAGUUGUUGAGUUGAAGAGUCUUGCUUUACACAACCAGAUAUCUUAAGCAAUUGAGAAUUGAAAAUGUCAAUGUAGUCACUGAGUUUCUGCUAAGCUAUCUGGUUAUCUGUAUAUUUAAGAAAAAAUAUUUUGUUUCAACUAAAUUAAAAUGAAAAAGUGUAAUGUGCUACUUAGUAAUACAUUUUUUAUUAUUUGUA